CUGCAGCCAUGGUCAACCCCACCGUGUUCUUCGACAUCGCGGCCGAUGGCGAGCCCUUGGGCCGCGUCUCCUUCGAGCUGUUUGCAGACAAAGUUCCAAAGACAACAGAAAACUUUCGUGCUCUGAGCACUGGAGAGAAAGGAUUUGGAUAUAAGGGUUCUUCCUUUCAUAGGAUUAUUCCAGGAUUCAUGUGCCAGGGUGGUGACUUCACACGCCAUAAUGACACUGGCGGCAGAUCCAUCUACGGAGAAAAAUUUGAGGAUGAGAACUUCAUCCUGAAGCAUACAGGUCCUGGCAUCUUGUCCAUGGCAAAUGCUGAACCAAACACAAACGGUUCCCAGUUUUUUAUCUGCACCACCAAGACUGAGUGGCUGGAUGGCAAACAUGUGGUCUUUGGGAAGGUGAAAGAAGGCAUGAACAUUGUGGAAGCCAUUGAGCGUUUUGGGUCCAGGAAUGGCAAGACCAGCAAGAAGAUCACUAUUUCCGACUGUGGACAGCUCUAAUUCUUUUGACUUGCAGGCUUCUUACCCACCAGACCAUUCCUUCUGUAGCUCAGGAGAGCACCCCAGCCCCAUCUGCUCGCAGUACCCUGUAAUCUCUGCUCUCACUGAA